UCUGCUAGAGACCGCCGUUGAAUGUGCUCCUGUCUUGACUGUCUGCUCGAUCGAUACUAACUCUAUUUCCCGUCAUCGUCUUUGGUCUCCGUCUAUCGCCGCGUCGGUCGAAAAGUGGCACGAUUUGGGGUAAUGAGGACAAUCCGUCGAUUUUCUUUCGAAAGAUCGACAUUGAAACGCAGUAGUUGAAACAACUAUGAAAAAGUGUACAACACCUCUUUCGUCGUGUCACCUUCGACUGCGCCGCGACAGAAUCCAGGAUCGGAGGCGGAUGGACAGCGCCCGACACGGGAGGACGCGGAUGUCCUCUGCGCAUCGUUAAACCACUUUUUCUCUUUUUUCUGUUUUCUCUCUUUGUUUUUCUCGCACUAUCACACACUCUCUCUCUCUCUCUCUCUUUUUCUUUUUCUCUCUCUUUCUCUCUAUCUCUUCCUCGCUCUUCGCUGUGUGCCUGUGUUGCGUGUUGCAUCAACCACGUCGCCGUGGUGCAUGCAGUUCAACAGCUUCGAGCAGCUCUGCAUCAACUUCACCAACGAGAAGCUGCAACAAUACUUCAACCACUACAUGUUCGUGCUCGAGCAGGAAGAGUACGAGCGCGAGGGUAUCGAGUGGACCUUCAUCGAUUUUGGUUUGGAUUUGCAGCCGACGAUCACUCUGAUCGAGAAGGUAAAGCGUCGGUCCGCCUAAGACCCGGGCUCGAGCUGGAUCCAGCUGGAUCCGUCGUAUAACCAGGCUCUCGCUUUACUUUCUCGCGAGCUUACGCGCGAAUUUGGGAAACUGCUGUUUACGCUACCGCGUAUUGUUUGCCUCUCUGUAUAUACAUGUGUGUGUGUGUGUGUGUGUGUGUGUACCAAUAUUUAAUUGUAUACAUAUUUAGUUUCAUGAUUGUUGCGAGUCUAACACGUCCGUUGGGCAUGAGAUACGCAUCUCGAAGAAAGUUUUCAUAGCAAAAAUUGUCCACGAUGUUUGUCGACGUGGAACUGUCUUUCUCUCUCUCUCUCUCUCUCUCUCUCUCUCAGAUUGAAUUUAAAUAUUUCCGUUUGAGAAAUUUCGCGUUAAACUCGGAACAACAUGCAUAUCUCGCUGUACUGAACGAAAGGACCGACGCAUCGGGAGAGGCGAUCGCGUUCUCACGCUGACGGAGCGGAUAACAGCGAGAACGUCAGCAAAGUCGCGAACAAGUUCGCGAAAAUUCGCGACAAGCCUCACCGACGCAUCGCUCUGGCGAAUCGAGAGAAGUAGAAUUACGAUGUAACGCAAUACUAAGAGUAGCGUUGGGGUUUUCCCUGUACGUAUCCCGUAGUCUAGAUAUAGUGCAAGAUUAAUUAUUAGUCGACAAUUAAUUCGUACGGACCUUGGCUCGCAAGAGCAAGCACUGACUCGCCGGUUUGAUUUAACCGUCUCAAAGAGAAAUUAAUUCGUGCAUUAACGGCGCACCUCGUAAUCGGCCGAUUUAACGAAGUUGCAGGCUGAUUCUGGCAACUUUUAACGGCACUGUCGUUAUCGUUGCAUUUUCGUCGCGCCAUUCUACGAUGUAUAUACAUGGUAGAAGAGGAUACGCGAGACGACAACGUAACGACAACAGUGUCGUUAAAAGAGUAAAACGGGACGAGCCGAUUGGCGAGCAAGUAGAUAACACGAGCGUGUCAUACCAUAUCAUCAAGUAGAGCCACCAAGUAGUCUGUUUUCAGUAAAAAGUUGGGACACUAAUAAUAACGAGAGUUUCGCGAAUCAAAGUUGCCUUCAUCGCCGUAACUUCAUUCGGCAGAGACGAGUUUAAACGAGCGAUAUUGAACGAGGUAACAUUCGCGGAUUAUAAUUCAUGCGGAUUUCCGAGAAGAAGAAAGUACAAGAUAACUGUUUUAUAAAAUCGAUAUAUUAUUACUACAUUUUCGCGUAAACGCUACUCUUGGAAAAUGCGAAGUCCUCGAGCCAUCGCGGAGACUGACGCACAACUUUUCUCUGUCUCUCUCUCUCUCUCUAUUGCCUCGCGA